AUGGCGACGACAGAAGUCAACGGCGUGCAUAGCGAAGUCGCCGCCCCUAUCAACGGCGACAUCAAGGACACCUUCAGUACCUCAACAAAGGAAAUACCCCAGACCGAAACAACCACAGACGCGUCAAAAGACACUAUGACCUCUAAGUCCAACAUCGGCGUGUACACCAACCCAGCACACGACCUCUGGGUCGCCGAAGCCAAGCCCUCCCUCGAAGAAGUCGAACAAGCCAAGGAUCUUCAACCGGGCGAGGUAUACAUCGCAGUCAAGAGCACGGGCAUCUGCGGAUCCGACGUCCACUUCUGGCAUGCAGGAUGUAUAGGGCCUAUGAUCGUCGAAGGGGACCACAUCCUCGGCCACGAGUCAGCCGGUACCGUGCUAGCAGUCCACUCUUCAGUAACGGACCUGCAGGUAGGCGACCGCGUCGCAAUUGAGCCUAAUAUCCCCUGCCACGCCUGCGAGCCAUGCCUUACUGGUCGAUAUAACGGUUGUGAGAAUGUGCUGUUUUUGAGCACCCCGCCGGUUGAGGGCCUGCUGCGGCGCUACAUCAAGCACCCCGCGGUGUGGUGUCAUAAGAUUGGGGAUAUGGGGUUCGAGGAUGGGAGUCUGUUGGAGCCGCUGUCGGUGGCUUUGGCUGGUAUGGACAGGGCUGGCGUGCGAUUGGGUGACCCAGUGCUCAUCUGUGGUGCUGGACCGAUCGGAUUAGUGACUCUGUUGUGUGCAGAGGCUGCUGGCGCCUGUCCGAUCGUCAUUACAGAUAUCGAUGAGGGUCGGUUGAAGUUCGCGAAGGAGCUGUGCCCGCGAGUCUCGACCUUCAAGAUCCCGAUGGGCAAAUCAGCAGAAGAAUGCGCCGAGGGCAUCAUCGCAGCAGCUGGUGGGAUCAAACCUCGGGUCGCGAUGGAGUGCACUGGUGUCGAGUCAUCCGUCGCUUCAGCAAUUUUCAGCGUCAGAUUCGGUGGCAAGGUUUUUAUCAUCGGCGUGGGGAAGAACGAAAUGAAGGUACCUUUCAUGCGGCUGUCCACUCAAGAGAUCGACCUGCAGUACCAAUACCGAUACAGCAACACGUGGCCAAAAGCGAUCCGUUUGGUGCAGAGCGGCGUGAUCAAGCUGGACAAGUUGGUCACGCAUCGGUAUAACAUGAGCGACGCGCUGGAGGCGUUCAAGACGGCAGCGGAUCCAAAGACUGGGGCGAUCAAGGUGCAAAUUAAGAACGACGAUAGUCUGUGA